AUGUUAGGAAAUCUAAAGGAGUUUAUUUCAGUCGUACAAGACGGUUUGAGUUCUCAUAAUAAUUUACGUCAAACAUUACAAGAAGUUCAAAAAGUAACCAAUAUUUUUAAAGAUAAACAAAAAGUAUCAAAUGAAAACAAAGUCAAUUACAGUGCUGGUGGAGAGUUAUUGGAAAAAUAUCAAGAGAACUGGGUGGAACUGCACGCUAACGCAGAUCGAAACGCAAGAGUGGCCGAUGAAGUCGAUAAACUCAUAAUAGAAUUACACGAUACAACCAAAUUACGCUUGCAAACAGCUAACGAAUUGGCCCAAGCAUUGUCCCAUUUACCUAAUGUAACAGCAGGCGUAGCGCAAUGUAUGGAUGGCCUUAAAAAUGUGAAAAAAUUAUUAAAUGAUGUUGAAGAACAACUAGUGGAAUUUGAGGACUUUGUAGAAAGACGUAAAAUGGAAAAAUGGAAGUUAGAUCAUCAUUAUCAUCUUAGUCUUUAUAAGGAGAAAAAAAUGUCUGCUUUAGAAGAGAUACGCACAAACCUAGUUAAGGAGAACACUGAACAAAACAUUCAGAGAGAAAAGAAGCAACUUGCUGAACUUCAAGCCAAAAGGGAAAAUAGUGCCGUAGCAUUUGAGAGUGACAUUUCCAAGUAUCUGUCUACUGGAAGAGUACCAUCAAAGUCAGCAGCUCCUCCCAAGAUAACUCUUGAACAAAUUCAAUUAGAUGAUGACCAAACAGAUUUGGAAAAUUUUCUAGCCAGCUGA